UGGCUGUGCAUGAAGAGGAAGUACAUACAGAUGAGUAUGCUAAUUCAAGGGCCGACACAGCCAGGAAACGAUAUCAACAUGUAUCUUGAACUAUUAAAGGAGGAGCUUGAAACGUUGUGGGCGGAGGAAGGGGUAGAUACAUGGGACGCCGUCGCAGAAGAAUAUUUCCCUUUGAGAGCCGCGUUGAUCACGACGGUGCAGGACUACCUCGGAUACGGUUACAUUUUGUGCCAGGUGUGCCAUGGACACAAGGCAUGUGUCAGGUGCAUGGAAGAGACGAUGUUUUUGCAGCUUGGUAAGGAUCCCGGCUCUUCGAAAACAGUUUACAUGGGGCAUCGAAGGUGGCUACAGAAGACUGACCCGUGGAGAAAGCGUGGAGAUCUGUUCGAUGGUACAAAUGAACCCCGAGGACCUCCACGUAAGAAGAGCGGCGAAGAGAUCGAUACAUUACUGAAAGGUUGGAAGGAGUGCCCUGCGCCGGGAAAGAUUCGUCAAAAGCCUGGAGAGAAGAAGAAGAAAAAGGAAACGACGCUGCUCAUUGGUGUAUGGAAAAGGAGGUCCGUGUUUUGGGACUUGCCAUACUGGAAAAUUCUCGAUACACCUCACUGCCUUGAUGUCAUGCAUAUUACAAAGAACGUGUGCGAGAGCUUGCUUGGCACUCUUCUCAACAUGCCGGACCGGACCAAAGAUGGGCCGAAAGCAAGACACGACCUGAAAGUUUUGGGCAUCAGGGAAGAGCUUCAGAUCCCGCCGGCCCAAGAGGGACAGUCGGAGGAGGAGGCGGACGGCGGUCAGAAGCGCAAAAGGAUUAAGCAGCCAGACUAUUACUAUUCAGCUGACCAGAACCCUCAGAGCCGCCCUGGAACUUACCAGGAGCGCGCCUGGAAUGAGGCCGGAGUCUCCCGCUGA